AUGAUAAAACAACUUGUUUGUCGACUAUUCUCUGUUCAAUGUCAAUUAAAAUCUCUUCGACUUGAUAUUGGUAACGAUUUCAUCAAUGGUUCAGUUCAUACAUGUUUAGCAUCAAACUCUUACUUUUCUUCGAAUUUUAUUCAAUAUAAACUCGAAUCUUGUUGUAUGACUCUUCAUCGCUUAGAUAUUCGACUUAAAUGUACAGAUGUUCUUGAAAAUCUUAUUGAACAUCUACCUAAUCUUGAACAAAUAUCAGUUGAGUUUGUUUUUUCAUUGGGAUUCAAUUCAUCAUGGAAAUGGAAUGUGGAAACCUUGAAACAAUCAAAUGAAAACUGGUUUAAUAAACUACCAAAGUUACGAUGUUUUACUUUAAAAACUUUCAUUAAUAACGAUUUGGAAUUUGUUUAUUUAAAAUGGCUUCUUAACAAUUUAAAUUAUGCUGAAAAACUUGAAAUUCAACUUAAAAAUGAGGAUAAAAUCGGUCGAACAAGUCAAAAUAUAUGGAAAUGUUUGAUUGAUGCAAAUUUCAUUCGUCAAUAUUGUUUACCUGAUAGAAUAAUUAAUUUAAUUAAUUUUAAUUUUUAUAUUUGUUCAGAAUGUCAAUUAUCAUUAAAUGAUAUAGAAAAAAUAACAAAUUCAUUUAAAAUUCAUUCUUUUUUUAUUGAUUACAAAUGGACAAAUGUUGAAUGUUUAUUUGAUCCAAUAAUGUCAUGUCAACAUAUCUUUUCUUAUUUUCCUACCAAACUUAACUUAUCUAAUAAUCUUAUGUUAGAUAUUUCUCUUUAUGAUAAACUUCAAUUAUAUUAUUUUCCUUUUUAG